AUGCUGGUGAAGGCUGAGGGCCUGGCGCCGCCGGCCGAGGACGAGCUGCUGCUGCUGGGGCUGACCUCGCCCGCCCCCUCACCCUCGCUGCCCUCCAGCGCCGAGGAGGAGGAGGAAGAAGAGGAGGAGGAGGAGGAGCGGCAGCUGCGGGCCGCCUCGUCGGCGCGGCCCGUCGAGGCGCCGGGCGCCCGGGGGCUGCGGCGGCCGGAGGGAAAGCGGCGCCCGGGCCGAUCCCGCGGCGCCCCGCGAACGGUCCGGACAGCGGAGACGGCUCAGCGCAUCAAGCGGAGCCGAAGGCUGAAGGCCAACAACCGCGAACGCAACCGGAUGCACAACCUGAACGCGGCGCUGGACGCCCUGCGCGACGUUCUGCCCACCUUUCCCGAAGACGCCAAACUCACCAAGAUCGAGACGCUCCGCUUCGCCCACAACUACAUCUGGGCCCUGACCGAGACGCUGCGGCUGGCCGGGGCGGCGCGCCUGGGCGCGGAGGCGGGCGCGGCCGCGGGGGGGGCGGCCGCCGCCGAGGGCAGCCCCUCGCCCGCCUCCUGCUGGAGCGGCGGCUCCGCCAGCCCCGCGCCCUCCGCCUCGCCGUACGCCUGCACUUUAUCGCCCGCCAGCCCCGCCGGGUCCGCCUCGGACGCCGAGCACUGGCCUCCCCCGCCGGGACGUUUCGCCCCGCCGCCCCCUCCUCAGCCCCCGCUGCCCCGCCGCUGCCUCUAG